AUGAAUUCACUUUUCAUAAUUCUGACUUGUAUGACUGGUGUUUAUUCUCAAUUCACUGCAAUCGGUCAACAAGAAAUAGUCGAUGCUCACAACAAACUGAGAUCAUCUCUUGCCAAAGGAACCUACGUGGCAAAAGGAACAAAACAACCAUCUGCAACCAAUAUGAAGAAAAUGGGAACAGUAGCUUCAGCUGCCUGGGAGAAAGAAUUCCAAGAUUAUGGAUUGAAUUCGCUCACAAUGGACAAUGCCCUAUUCAACAGUGGAAUUGGGCACGCAACUCAAAUGGCUUGGGCCAAUAGUAAUCUAAUUGGAUGUGGAGUGAAGAAUUGUGGACCUGAUUCUACGAUGAACAAUAUGAAUAGAAUCUCUGUGGUUUGCCAAUACAAAGCACCAAUGCCACCGAAAAAGAAAGCGAAACAACUGACAGAACAGCAAAAACUCCGGAGAGCUUACAAUCGUCAAAGAAGUUUUGGCAGCACUGCAGUCGUAGUUCAAGAUUCAAGAAAACUCCAGUUGUUCGCAUCAUUUGGAGAAAAUCCCGAUUUCAAUUUCAAGAAGAAAAAAGCGGCACCUGCACCUCGAAAAGUCUUUCCACCAUCUCCAAAUAUCAGUGUGGAGGCAGUUUCCAGUGACGAAGAAGAUGCUGGAAAUUUCAAAAUUCCUGAAGCAGGCGACGAUGAAGAAGAAGAACUUCGUAAACUGCGGGCCGAGCACAACUCUUGUGAACUAUCUUCCCUCGACGCGUUCGAUGAUGAUGGGGAUCAAGUCGAUUUCGUAAAUGGGCGUCUAGUUAAGCGGCUGAAGCAACCCGACCCCGCCUGGCGACCGGGUGUUCGGGAAGAUUAUGUUGGGAAUUAUCCAAUGCAGAACAGACCUGCGAAAAAAAUCAAACAUGAUUACAAAAAGAAGGACACCAAUCGAUUGAUUAAACAAAUUGUAUCCAAACCUGCGCUUGCUUUAAAUUUCCAUCAAUCUUUAUGCAGGACGCUUCAAGCUGCAAAAGCAAAGCAAGUGAAGAGCAAGUUGAUUCUUAGUUGA